CACCUCCAACUAUCAUCAUGGAUUGGAAGAUGUUUCAAAGCCUCCUCAGUGGAGUGAACAAGUACUCCACGGGAUUUGGGAGGAUCUGGCUGUCCGUGGUGUUUGUGUUCCGGGUGUUGGUGUUCGUGGUCGCUGCCGAGCGCGUGUGGAGCGACGACCUGAAGGACUUUGACUGCAACACAAAGCAGCCCGGCUGCCCCAACGCUUGCUACAACUACUACUUCCCCAUCUCACACACCCGACUGUGGGCGCUGCAGCUUAUCUUCGUCACCUGUCCCUCCCUGCUGGUGGUGAUGCACGUAGCCUACCGAGAAGACCGCGAACGUAAGUACCAGUUGAAGCAUCCCGAAGGAGCAAAGCUUUACGACAACACGGGUCAGAAGCACGGAGGCUUGUGGUGGACGUACCUCCUCAGCCUCUUCUUCAAAACGGGCAUCGAGGUCACCUUCCUCUACCUGCUUCACCUCAUCUACCACAGCUUCUUCCUGCCCCGCCUUGUCAAGUGUGACGUCAGCCCCUGCCCCAAUCACGUGGACUGCUACGUUGGACGCCCCACCGAGAAGACAGUCUUCACCUACUUCAUGGUGGGGGCCUCGGCCUUCUGCAUCGUGCUGAACGUCUGCGAGAUCGUCUACCUGAUCGGCAUGCGCAUCUACCACCUGGUUCACAAGGGCAGCAAGAAAUUUCCCCGUGACAGGUGCAAGGACGAAGACUGCAGCGAAUGCAAUGAGCCAGUCACCCACCUGGAUUCCAAGCCGGGCUCCCGGCCAGGAGAGGAGAUGCCAGCGUUGGCCCCAAACCUCUCCUUCAAAUGUUAGGCUCCCCUCAUUCUUUCCACAGACUCAAAAACUGCCCUUGUAAAUUUUUCAACAGAGCAAUUGUUCAAUAUGAUAUGUUUUAUGUAACUUCCAAGGUUAUUGUUUUAUCUGUUAUCUUAACUGUUUAUUGUCUUGAUCUACUGCAGUAAAGACUACAAGAGAAAGCCAUGUAAUAGGAAGUGAAGGUGGACCAUCUAUUAGACUUUUAUAUUUAAUUUAAUAAUGAUCUAAUGACAAUGUUUUUUGUUGUUUUCAAUUGAUCUGACAUUGUGAAUAUGUGUUUUAUUUUUCAUUUGUAUGCAUGAGACGUGAAGAUAAUGGUUUUUAUUUUUACAAUAUGGAGUGUUGGUAGAUAAAGGACAAUCAUUGUAUUUGGUCAGAAUAAAAUGGGUGAUGAUUCUGACUUUUCAAUUUGCCAAUUAGAUGCUUCAUCAAGUUUUACAAAUGUAGCCCAAUGUAUAAUACACACUGUCAAAAUGCCGACCAUGGCUAUCAUUGAGGUAUGGUUAAUUAUUCUACACUGCCAGAAUAAGAUGUAGGCCUACUGUAUAUCGAAUAUCCACACCUAUGUUUGUCAAGAUAGGCCUUGUGUUCAUUGUUAAAAGCCAAG